GCACUUGGCUCGACAAUUGCUGUAUUUAAUUGUUCUGUCAAUUAGCACAGCUCAAUCCAAUGACGUUUAUUUAUCACCAAUUGUCGAGAGACUUUCAACAGUCAGAUGUUCACUACGCAAAAAUUAAAAAGAAUGAAUUAAAUUAUUUUCCAAAAUGUGUUAUGGUUCUGUCAAUCAAAGUAAAACCGCGGAUCGUGGGUCAUUACACCUUCCCGGCGAUGUGAUACGAGGGAAUCCACCGGUAGGUAUAACUUGAGGAAGAUCGAUUAGGGCAUUUAUGGGGUCGUAAUUAUCCGCAUGUAUGAUUCUCGCACGUUACUAAUAAAUGCUUUAGGAUAGAUGAUUGAAGAGUCAAGAAAAAAAAAAAAAAAAAAAAAAAAAAAGAAGAUAAAACUUAAUUGCCGACUUUAAUUAACUUUUAUCGAUCCUUUUUAUCAAGUCGAACACCGGAAACAUAAAAACUGAAUUAUAGAGUGAGAAGUAAUAAUAUGUCAGACGAAGAAAAUAACUCGAGAGCAGGGACUGAAGAAAAAUACUUUCGGCCCUGAGACUUGCGCUUGCAAUCACAUCGAUCGGAAAAUCCGCAUUGUUGCAAGUGGCUCAGUAAGUAAGGCUGAGGAGUACAAGACCAUUGAUGGAUUCGCGUAUAAAAAAUACUUGCAAUAAUUAUUAUUUAAUUAAUUAAAAAAGGAAUGCGUGGAUACCCGCGUAGAUUAAUAUUAAUCAUCGGAAUAGUGGUAUUUGUAUUUUUUUGUACGCGUCUUCUGGUCGGUCGUCUUGUACUUCCGCUGGCAGAUGAUGAAGCACCAUCAUCAUCUUCAACACAUGGCCCACAGAGGCUGGCUGAAAAUUUGUCAGCGCUGGUGGCGCGCGCUUAUGUACCUGGAAUGUACAUGAGAGGUGAAAAGCCCAAGAAUAAUACCGGCUGUGCUUGGAAAUACGGACUGCCGAAUAUUUUUUAUUACCCGGUAGAUAAACUCCAUUUCACUCCGCAAGGCGGGGAAGACGGUCCGUACCGGGUGUUGCCGUUCAUAAUUCGCAGCAGUGAGUCAGAAUUAACUCCCAGGUUGACAUUCUGCACCCACGCGACCGCCGAUUUAGUCUACAACAUCGUGGAAAUAGUGAAGCGAUGGGAAGGCCCUGUUAGCCUUGCAGUAUUUUCACCGAGUCGAGAUGCUGCCCUAGCAGUCAGACUCCUCGACAGAGCUUGCCGGUGUCUGCCUGAAAUGCGCAAGCUUUCCGUCCACCUGAUAUUUCCAGCAAAUCGGAUUCCGAUUAUUGCUAGCGAUUAUUAUCUGCCCGAAGAUGGAGACUGUGCGGCUCUGGACCUGCAGUGGGAACGGCUGGAGUCCGUCGCCGAGAGGAGAGACCAAGGAGUCACUUACCCGAUAAAUGUUGCGAGAAAUGUCGCUAAAACUCUUGCAAUGACCACCAGAGUCCUGGUAGCGGACAUUGAGCUACUGCCGAGCGAUAAAUUGGCGUCAGGAUUUUUUAAAAUGAUCAACGGACAACCUCCAAACAAGGGACUGGCUUUUGUCGUUCCGGUGUUUGAAAUAGAGGAGACUCAGCAGCCUCCUAAAAACAAACGAGAAUUAAUGGCUGCUAUUAAUAAAGAUUUAGCUGUUUAUUUUCAUAAAUAUAUGUGCAUACAUUGUCAACGAUUCCCUGGUAUCACCAAGUGGAUGCUCCGACCAGACCCAGGGCGAGUGAGACCACUUAUUGUCACACGCAGGGAAUAUCCCCAUCAUCGAUGGGAGCCUGUGUUCAUUGGGACUCAAGAUGAUCCUCUUUACAACGAAAAUAUGACCUGGGAAGGACGUCAGGAAAAAAUGUCCCAGAUGCUAGAAAUGUGCCUGAUGAAUUAUCAUCUGAUUAUUCUCGACGGAGCUUUUCUCGUUCAUACACCAGGAAUAAAAAGAAAGACUUAUCAAUUGAAUCCAUCCAAAUCAACUUUUGAACGUACUCAGGAAGUACUGAACGCUCAAAUAUAUCAAAGCAUUACGCAAAAUUUGCUCAAGCAAUAUCCGAUAAAUCGUAAAUGCAGACAAUAGAACUUCAGGUUUAUAUAAGUAAUAUAUAAUAUAUUAGAUAGAUAUAUAAAUAUUUAGAGCAAAGAUAUAUUAAAUUUUAUUAUUUUUUAAAAACGCGUUAACACUAUAAGAGAAAAUAUUUUAGCUUCUUACUAUUUCUACUCAAUAUUUAACCCUUUCCCGGUCGACCUUGAAUCCCUACUCUCAAUUUGAAUCGUACGUCUUACUCUUAAAAUGAGAGAGCUAUAGUCUAUUUUUUAGAGAGGGGGCCAGAAAAAUGGUAGAAGGGGACGCUUGUCUACACUACCACAACUAAACUUUCACUCAUACAGCCUUACGACGGACUUUAAUUGGCUCUAUCCCCACUUGACUCACAACUAGACUCACCGAUACUCUGAGCCGGGAAAGGGUUAAACUCGAUUAAAUUCUAAAUACUCGCGACAACGUUUUCGUAAUAAUAUAAUAAUGCCUUUAUUACUACACACACGAUGCAGACUUUUGUCGAAAUAGUCUAUAAAUAAAUAAAUGUAAAUAAAUAACAAAGUUAGGUGGUAAAAGUAUUAUAUAUAAAAAAAAAAAAAAAAAAUAGGUGUUCAAUUAAAAUUAAUUUAAAGACAUACAAGUGUUUUGAACAUUUUUUGUUUAUUUGUUCUCAUUGUUUUUUUUUUUAAUAAAGUAAUCAAAUAAUAAUAUUAAUAAUUAUUAAUAGUGUUUAAUUAAAAUAACAAUUUAUUGAUCGCCUGAUAAUGGCUCAUGCCGCAUGCAGCAACUUGUUAGGGGUCUACCCUUUUCAAGUACAUUUUUUCUCACUUUUUUUGUUCAUUCACUUUCUUAAAUUGAUUUUAAGCAAUACCACAUUAUAUAUUCACAUUUUUAUACAGUCAAUUAAUUGAGAUGUCGUGUUUAGAAUUUUUUUUUGCAGGUUUUUAUACAUCGCUAACAUAGUUACCAAAAAAAAUGUCUAUUGUUUGUUUCAUUAAUUAAAAAAACAAUCAAGUCUAAUAUUUUCAGUAAUAAGUAAAAGUUUUUUUUUUUCUCUAAAUAAGUAUUUAUAAACAUUAAAAAGCGACGAUUUUGUUUAUUAGUACUCAUUAAUAGUUAGCAACAAUUGAUAAUAAAUAAAAAUAAUAAAAAACUUGAUCAGUUUUUAGUGGACCAGCGUCAAAAAAAGAUAAUUAUUUAAUUAAGCUAAUAGAAACGUUCAAACAAUAAUAAUUGUAACUAUUAUAAUAGUAAUAAUAAUUAUAAUAAUUACAAAAAAAUAAUAAUAAUGUUAAUAAAAUAAUAAUAAUAAUAAGAUUAAUUUUAGUAGUCAGCGAAAUCGUAUACGAAAGAAUGUGAAAUGCUCAACAGUUAAAUACACGACUUAACAUUA